CCGGAAGUUAUUUCAAACCGGAAAACGCAUGUGCUGUUUUAUAUAAUGUUUUAAAGAUAUUUUACUGUAUGCUGAAUUCAAAUAAAAUUCCGAAAUGAACGUUUUAAUGUCACGCAGUGGCGACUCCUCGUGGCUGUUGUGACAAUCACGUGACGACCCAGCUCUCCUCGUUUGGCAGGUGAAGCCCCUCUGCUCUUUGCCAUUGUGUAGCCAAGCGGCUAACGCAUUAGCGACGAUCGCUAUUUUCUUAAUGCGGGCGGAAAACGCACAAGGCGCAGACAUGCCAACUCUAAAGCUGAUCACAGCGAUGGACACGCAGUAUUCAGCCGCAUUGUUGAAGUCGAUGAAUGAGCAGCGCAAUACUGGAUUAUUUUGCGACGUUACAAUUAUUGUGCAAGACAAGAAGUUCCAUGCCCACAAAGCCAUCCUGUCUGCAUCGAGUACCUAUUUCCACCAGCUCUUUGUCGUCAGCGAGCAAGUCAUUGAACUUAACUUUCUUCGAGCGGAGAUCUUCGAGCACAUCAUCAAUUACAUUUACAGCUCCAAGAUUGUACGGAUUCGCUCUGACUUGCUGGAGGAGCUCAUGAGCGCCGGGCAGACACUCGGGGUGAAGUUCCUCGCGAAUUUGGCGACACCGCUAUCCCACGUUAGUGGGCUGCCUGGUUUGUCAAAGGAGGAAAACCUCCAAAGCCAAACAUCGUCAGGAAAAGAUAUGCCCAUCGUCUCAGAGUCCUAUUCCAUAUCUGCAGAGGAGUUCGAGCAGUCGAGCAACGUCUCGGAUCGAGGCGUGAACUCGGAUGACGAUGACGUCAUGUUUGUCUCAAAGACAGAUGCCAGAUCGCGAGCUGCCAAUCAGGAAACUUCAGGAGAUGCCAUUUAUGUUGAUGCGGUGAAAUCAGAAAAGGUUGAAGAGGUGCAAAGCAAAAAAUGCACAAGUGCAACAUUUAAAGAAGAAGCUCCCGCAGGGACGCAAGAAAUAAAGCUUCCCGACAGAAGCCCUCUGCGCAGUCCGGACAGCAGCUCCAAUAACGUGAAUUCCCCCACCAGAGUUUCCUCCGGAAGUACUCCAACGACGCCGGCUCAGACUAGCAGCUUAACCGCCGAGCUGACCAGUGCUUCUCAAUCGUCUGGAAAUGGCAACGUGAUGGAAAACAGUGACAUACUGGGUGUCCACAAAAAGCAAAUUUGCACUUCACCGCAGCAAGGGGAUUUCAAAAUUAGGCUGUUGGACAUCUCGGACAGCCCCCCGAGUCAAAGAAAUGUCGUCAAACCCACGGUAGCAACGACAAAGACGGUCACGCUCAAUGCAGCCACACAAAUCGAAUCCAUUUCCCCAGAUUGUAAAAUCUACGCCAACAUAGGAGAGAACACCUACGACAUUGUACCCGUUAAGGAAGAUCCAGGCGAGGGCGGCUCCAAGUCCAACAAAGGGAAGCGAUCCAUCCCGCAAAUACCUGAGAAUCUCAAGCCCUCACCUAACAAGAAAAAGUCAAAGUCAGAGUCCGAGGACCACUACGAGCUGAUCAUGGACGGCAAGACUUUCUACGUGUGCACCGUGUGCAAGCGUCCUUACGUGUGUCGGACUAGCCUCCGCCGCCACUUCAACACGCACUCAUGGGAAAGGAAGUACCCGUGCCGCUACUGUGACAAAGUCUUCGCCCUGGCCGAGUACAGGACUAAACACGAAAUUCAGCACACGGGCGAGCGGCGCUACCAGUGCCUGAUGUGCCAGGACACCUUCCUCAACUACCAACUGCUCUCCAACCACUGCAAGCAAGUCCAUAACGUGGACCCUAGCGGGAAGAAGGCCAAGGACGGCGAGGACAACAUUUACCGCCUGCUGCCCUGCAAGACGAUGCAGAUGAAGCCCAACUCGUGGAGCACAGACGGGCCGACCGCGCCGUUCAUCGGCGAGGACGGCGGCAUGCGCCACAUGGCUCACGGCCAGGAGGGUGUGCGUCCGCCCACCCAGGGCCAGGUUUUGAACUGGGACGACAUUUUUGACUUUGACGAACAAAUGAUGAUGGGCCGGCCCGGGCCGCCCAUCAACGUUAGCCCACCUGAGGGCAAGUCGGACUACAAUUUUAACGUUCCGGAGACGUAUUGAGCCGCGCUGGCCCGUGCCAUUACUCGUGCCUUUUUGGAGGGCUCCACUUGGACUUCCAUUCCUCCUGCGUGGAGCUUUCUUUUCUCCACGGUAGUCUGGAUGAACGAAUGUUCACACACGUGACCGCACCGCAUGCCAUUUGAAUCUGCAUCCAGAUCCCUGAUUAUCUGUAUUUUCAACAAGACUUUGAACAGCUGACAUUUAAUAGACAUCAAACGUGUUUGGUUUCUCUGUCACAGUGUUGAUCUUUGAUGCCUGAGUCCUGAACUUUAGGCCAUGUUUCCUAAACCAAUGUUUCCCAAUUUUAAUUAAACAAAGGCACAUACAUCCAAAAAGUUUGAGAAAAAAAAUUAUGACCUCGUCUCAACCGACUUAAAAACGUACUUGGUAUGCAAUCUGGGCAUGCUAGUUGAACCCAAAGCUAUUCUGUUGCGUAACUAGCAACGGAUGGUGACACAGAUUAUUUGUACUUUGUGGAAGAGCACUUAAUUUUCUGCUUGUCACUAUACGUCGCUGGCAUAGAUCGACGAACAAAGGCACAUUAUUUCGAUUGAGUAAUAAUUUUCUGACCAAUUAAUCAAAAUUACAUUGACCCUUUAAACUUAAUGGGUGAUUAAAAAAAUAAUAGCUGAAGUUUCAGCAGACAAAUAUUUCUGCGACGAUCACUCCACAUUCCCUCAUUGACAUUGCUCAUCUUUGCACAAGACAGUCUCCUUAUCUUAACCCUGGAGAACCCACAGGGUCAAAUUUGGCCUCUAUAAAUUCUGCUACUCAAAUGCUACCGUCAAAUCCCAAAGGGUCAAAUUUGGCCCUAAUCCUAAAUUAGGAUUAAAGUAGUGAAUAUUUGAAAAAAACAUACAGUAUAUGUUGGUGUUCAGUGAACAUAUAGCUGUCAUUUAAUGUGAAAUUCACCAUUUUCCAAAGAAGAAAAGGGGUCUCCAGGGUUAAAUACAUAUUUAGAUUGUUGGCAAGCCUGCACAUGGGUAUUGAAGGUAUUUAAAGUUGAGUCGGGCAGUUUAAAUCUCUGUCACCCUCCUUUCUCAAGCCCACACGAGUGAUAUGUGCUUUAGGGGAGUCAACCCUUAGAUCAGGAGUGCCCAACCAUUUUUGACCGAAGAUCUAGUUUUCAAGUAGCCAACUUUCUACGAUUGAACCGUAACUGACCAUACACGCAUGCCAUGAUGAACAACAGUCAUAAUUCAACUGAAAAGUAAACUAGAUACAAGACAAAACAUAGUUCUUAUUCCGGAGACCUGACGCAUGGAGGCAGGAAUGACCUUUUGCCACUUUCAGUGUAGAAACAUCACUAUUGUAGCUUUUAAAAUGUUUCUCCCGUCACUUUCCAUUCUUUCACAAUGCCGUUGCUGAAUUGCAGAUCAAACAAGAACUUGGAUGAGACUCAAACAACAAAUAGAUGUGUCUCAAGUUCUCUGAUCGCUAGCUGCAAUUGCAAACUGCUGACGACGAACAACUUUCUGUGAUGCAGACCAGGUGCCAGGUUUUGGUUUUGUUGUUGUUUUUUUGAGUGUGAAACUCAGGGGGAUGAUUAGGGUGUAGUGUACACAAAUACAAAAAAUAUAGAGACGCACAAAUCUUCGCGGGCAACCGGUCAACCACGAUCGACUGGUUGGGCACUCCUGACUUGGACCGUUGAUGGAAAGUUAGCACUUAGUAUUUAAUCAUUGGGGAGAGCUUCUUUUGUUGUCUUAGUUUGGACUCUUCAUUGACUUUUCACUGUGAGUGUCGUGGUGAUUAAAGAGGUAGCGCUGGCAGGGACAUUCUACGUGUAUGUCAACGACAAUAAACAGAUGAGCAUUGGUGUGUGUUUGAGAUGUACAGUCUAAAUUCUGUGUAAUGUCCUUUUUGUAGAACCAUGCUUGCUUUUCAUAUAGUAAUUGUUGUUGCUGUAUUAAAACUGUCCCUCUUCGUCGAUAUGAUUGGAAGUCGGAUGACAAUAAAUUAUUCUUUUACUGUUUUA